CAUUUUCAAGAUGGCGCCCCCUCCACCACCACCUCCACCACCACCGCCGCCGCCUCCGAUCCUAGACGGGCCUGUUUCGGUUCCCCCUCCUCCUCCAGCUCCUCCGAUUGAACCUUCUAUACCUGCCACACAGCCUCAAACUGUACAAACGUCAUUGCAACCCGGCAGCGCACCGGCAGGCGACGAGAAAGUCUGGGAAAGACCAUGGAGCGUGAGCGAGCUGAGGAAAGGAUCCGCGAACUGGACGCUCGCUGGCGAUGCAGGGGUAGGUUGUUGCUAAUUUUUGUGUCUUGGGUUUAAGUUUGUACCCUUCUUCCCUGAAAUGUCUCGAAACUUUAAAAAUAUUUUACUCUCAUCUUGUUAAGUCAUCAACUUGUCAAUUACUUUGUGUCAGGUGUUAAUUUUCCCUUGAAGUUGCAAGUUUAUGAGAUUUGCCAAAUCGAUAGGUUGAUCAAACGAAGUUCCAAAGUAAAGCAAUUAUUCUCCGAUUAAAUCGAUAAUGAAGAAAACAUACAGAUGUAGGCUUGCACGAAGUUCCUCUUUAUUUAAUAUAAGCUUAACAGAUACCAGCUUAUCACUGAAAUGACUAAUCAUUAAAUUUUACGUUUCAAUAUAAAAUUACUAUUUUUGAUCUCCACCACAUAAACAUGCACAGUCGGGACUAGUGCUUCAUUAUUUAGCAUUAAAAAUAUGUAACAAUAUACUUGUGCCACCAAUAAUAUUAUAAAGUCAUGUCAAGGAUAUUGCACUUUCUCCCCCCCCCCCCGAUUCCCCCUUCAGGCUUGUCAAAAGUAUCCGGCUGCGGGCGAAAAUCGCCGCCUACUUGGAUAGAAUUGGCCGGCUACUAUGGUUGGCAUUUCUUUACAUAUGGUGUUUUUUGAAUAAAAUAUCCCUGGACUGGCUGCUUACUUUGACAUCUCAGCCAUCUAUUUCAAACCUUUCUGACAACCCUGCCCCUUUCCCACUAUUGCUUACGUACUUAGACUCUGACAUAAAUGCGUUAAUCACAUAUGUUUCUUUUCACCCCUUAAAAGAAAAAGAUGUUUUUUAACAUAUCCAGUGUUCCCACCAGGCCAUGGCCUUGCAGGAUUCCUGCCGAAAAAUUACAAAAUAACACAUUAAAAACAAAGGGGAAGCCCCCUUGGAAUGCACAAGGGUGCUACAAGGCAAACAGUCACUUAGAAGUUAGUUAAGUAAUUCUGAAUGGGUAAGGUUAUACCCCUGCCCUUUAUUCUACAAUUAGUGCAAGUGACUGAAGGCAGCAAUACACGUAUAAUAGGGAAUGGGGUGAGAAUGAUAUUACAUAGAAUGGCCCUCACUGAUUUAAUUAAUAUAUUAACAUAACAUUAGCAAUAUAACUAAAAAUAUUUCCUCAUUCACUUAAAAAUGUAUUGAAUUUUAAGUACACACAUACUGUGUUAUAUGACACGAGGAAAUGACCUUCGAAUGCAUUAGCAGCAACUGGGAGGAAAUAUUUUGAAAUCAGUGUUCUCUGAGUGGAAAUACUGAGGCAAAGAGAAGGUAUUGGAAUUGUCAGAUAUAAAACCUCUUCUUUUGUUAGUGGUUCAGGCCUUGCUCAUGGUCAGUUGCUUUCAUUUAGGAAAUAACAAUCUUAUCAAGAUUUAACUGACCUCUGUUAAAUAAGCAGAUGUUUAAAACUUGCAGGAAACUAGCUCUGUUACUCAUUCAAACAUCUGCUGAGUUAGUCAUUGUGCUCUAGCAUUUUAGCCUUACGUACUUUAAAGUGUUAACAUGGAGAUGCCAUAAGAGCUGAGUGCUACUGCACAGCUCAAGGUGGUCUACCUUUUGAAUAUGACAGCUAGACACUUAUGUUUGAUGAGCUAAUGCCCAGGGUUGUCAAAAGUAGCCGGCUGCCGGCAAAAAUCACCACCUACUUGGUUAGUAUCAGCUGGCUACUCUGCUUAGCAUUUCUUUACAGAUGCCAUUUUGAAAUAAAAUAUCCCUGUAAUGGCCGCUUACUUUGACAACUCAGCCUUCUACCUCAAAACUUUCUGACAACCCUGAAUAACUUUUACUUUUUCUUUGGAUUUCUCUACUACUUGGACUGAAAAUUUGUAAGAAAAAAAGCCAAGGACCUUAUGACUUCUUUUGCUUUUUUUUAUUUAGCUUCUUUUGUACCUGCAAGAAUUUUCACAAAAGAUGAUCUCUCAGACACAUGAAAUUGAAACCCAGGUGGAUGGUUUAGUCAAUAGCACGAAGGUAAGUCAGCAAGCUACAAAGUCACCCAUGACAAGAAUAGAAAUGACAGAAAUAACGGGACAAAUAAACAAAAGACUGCAAUAAAUUUUUUCAGUCUCUCUUUUAUUUCAGCCUUAGGUUUUCCACCAAAUCUAAAUUAUCAUCCUGAAUUCAUGUAACAGUGUACAGUCAACUACCUCUAAGACGGACACCUUUGGAACCGGCAGUAAGUGUCCAUCUCAGAGAGAUGUCCAUCUUAUAGAGAGUCAAAUCAAGGGAGUAAAGAAAGGCAGGGACCAACUCUAGGAGUCUGUUUUACACAUCCAUCUUAUAGAGGUGUCCGUUACGAGAGAGUCGACUGUAUGGGGAAAAUGUAAUCUUUGCUGAUGUCAUUGUUUACAUUUUUCUCAUUAGCAUAGGGGUUAACCCAUAGAAUAUGUCGUCGUAUGCACAAAUGAGGUUCAAAUAAUGAAAGAGCUGGUUACUUUGAGCAGUUUGUGCAAUUUUCAGCUCUUUGCAUUCAGUGUCAUAGGAAAUAGCAGCAAUCAAAACCUGCGAAGUUGCUAGGUUGCAAAAAUAUAUGCUAAUUGGCUCAUUUAUUCUUUGCAAACUUUGAUUUUUUGGAAGAGAAUUUCUCCAAAACUAUUUGGUAUAUGAGGCUCAAAUUUUCGGAGAUAACUGAAAUUGUUAUGCUCUUUCAAUAUUCAGAGUUGUUAUUUUAAUAGCUUUAUUACGGAAUGAAACGUGUAUGUUAGUGAAUCAAAAAAUGUAAACAAAGAUUCACCUAUAAACCAGACUGUUUAUGAAGGUCAUCAGUAUAUAAGCAACUGCCAUUGAAAUUCCCACAUUUUUGUAUUCCUUUGACAGGGAAUGGAUUCCAAGGUGCAAAAUACAAUGAAUGACUUCUUAAUGUUGUCUAAUAAUCAGUUCAUUGAAAACGUAAGUAAUGCUAUCUUAAUCUUUCCAAGUGUUGAUGUCAGUAUUCCUACAGUUUUGUCACUUGAUCAGACAGAUCUAGAGACAUCAUUAUGCAGGCUCUAAAAUUAAUGAAGCAAUGAAGAAAGGAGAAGGGGGAGGAGGGUGAGGCAACGAAGGAAGGAGUAGGGGGAGGGGGAGGAAAUAGAGGAAGGAGUAGGGGGAGGAGGGUGAGUUAAUGAAGUAAUGAAGAAAGGAGGAGGGUGAGGCAAUGAAGGAAGGAGUAGGGGGAGGGUGAAGUAAUAACGGAAGGAGUAGUGGAGGAGGGUGAGGCAAUGAAGAAAGGAGUAGGGGGAGGAGGGUGAGGCAAUGAAGGAAAGAGUAGGGGAAGGGUGAGGCAAUGAGGCAAUGAAGAAAGGAGUAGGGGGAGGAGGAUGUGGCAGUGAAGGAAGGAGCAGAGGGGAGGAGGGUGAGGCAAUGAAGGAAGGAGUAGGGGAAGGGUGAGGCAAUGAAGCAAUGAAGAAAGGAGUAGGGGGAGAAGGGUGAGGCAAUGAAGGAAGGAGUAGGGGAAGGUAAGGCAAUGAAGCAGUGAAGGAAGGAGUAGGGGGAGGAGGGUGAGGCAAUGAAGGAAGGAGUAGGGGAAGGGUGAGGGGAGAGAAAUAGGGUAUAGGGGGAAAGAGUGAGAAUGUUUUGGUGAACCACAGGUUAAAGCCACAAUGUAAUAAAGAAGGGGAGAAACAGCUUCGAGUAAGCAGCUUUUAACCCACAAUCCUUCCUCCUAGUUUCCUUACUUGGUAGCAAUAUCUUCAUAUAAUGCUGCUUUUUUGGUAAUGAAUUUGUGGCUGAAUAAAAUUUAUUCAAGCCUAGGGUUGCUUACCAUUAGUUAGAGAACUGGCUAACCAGACCAGUCCAGUUGUGAGGAGAAUUUCACAAUUAACCAGGAUUCCUCGGCCAGAUCAGUAUGUUCCUAAAUACUAUACACAGCAGUGAUAAGGUUUUAGUGAAAAGUCUCGCGAAAAAUCUGUCUUGAAAGUGGAGAUGAACCCCACAGUUGAAUAAACAACCUAAGCGGUUGAAUAAAAACCUGAACAUAAAUUCAGGCUUGACUGGGAAUCAAACUCUGACCUUUGCAAUGACAGUGACUCUAAUAUGUACAUAUUUUUUUCACUCAAAUAUUACUCUGAUCUUAGUUGGACCUUUCGUGGUACCCAUAAAUAUACUGGUUUUUUUUUUACUAUUCUCAUACCAACUAGCGUGUGUAUGAAGAAGAUGUUAGCAAAGAUGAAACCAAUGAAGUAGAAGAGAAAACUGCAGAGCCAGAAAAGGUAUUUAUUUCAUUCAAUGCUUGCAGUAUUAUUCUGUCCUGUUGACAUGGGCAGUGAUAACUCAAGCUUACUCCCUACUUUACUCGAUGGCCUUAAAGAUCACGUUCUCUCUUUUGGUGAGAAUGAGAUGCACAUAGCUCAUCCAGUACAGUCAAUAAAAGCAUUCAGGUCAGUAUACAUUGCACUGAAACUAAGAAUAUUAACAGUUUUCCUGUGGUCUUACAAAAUUGUUGAAGGGUGGGAUUUACGACAUUGAUGUCUUCACAUCUUGACAAAACAACAUUGCAGUUUUUUACAUGUCCAUUCUCACUAAAUUUGGUGCUGUUAAAUGGUAAUUUAUUUACUGUGGACCUACAGGAUUAUUUUGUUUUGCCAUCAAAGCUGUUUUCCAAUUCUCAGUACUGUACAGUUUUGAGAUUGCUACAACCCACCCCACCCCAACCACUAUAACAAUGAUAAAGGUGCUCAUCGAUAGGUUUAAAAAAAUUAAUGUGUGUGAAAGAAAAGAAUCUUGCCUACAGUGGGUGUGGCUCAAAUCCAAUAAUUAUUUUAACCCCUAAGAAGAACCAGCUGUGUAACUAAUACUCCCAUUCAUUUUUUGGCUUGUUACCCUAGACAAACCACUCAAAGGUAUUGCACAAAACUAAAGGACAGUCAUGUCAGGUUUUAGCUCCCUAUGCAAUGCCAAUCCACACAUUUUACCCCUAGUAAGGGCUCUACGCUAUAUCUUUGCCAUGACUAUUUUUUGGUUGUUAAUUGCUUGCAAAGUAUAUAUGAUCAUCCUUCCAGAUUUCUGUUGACACUUUGGAUUUUUGUUUUGGCUGAUGAGAUCUCUUAUAGAUCCCAUGCCCUGCCGCAUAAUUUAUUGAUACAGAAAGUAACCAGCCCUUUAUUUUUUAAAUUGGAAGUAUCCCUCAAGCCUCAAUGCUGGCCUUUUGAAGGAAAUUAGAUUCUCUUUUGAGUGGCACUCUACUGCAGCAAAGUUUACGUACAAUUUUGUUUCAAGAGUUUAGCGUGACAGGUUAUUUCAUAAGUGGCAUACUAUUUUGAAUCCUAUUUAAAAUUAACUGAAACUCUUUCUGUCUCAUCAAAAGGCAAAAACAAGAGAACAGAGAGAAGCAGAAGUAAUACCCAGGCUUAGUGAAGCUGUUAAACAUGGCAUCAGUGUGAUGGAAAAUGCAUUUGUUACUCUUGAGCUUACUACAGAACGUAAGUAGAGUAGUGCACUAUUUGGUUUGUCAACGUGUAAAAUAUUUUACUUCUACUAGACCUUUCUCACAUCCAAGGAACCAAUCUUAGUUGACAAACCAAGCUAUGCCCUCAUUGUAUUCAUGCAUUGCUUGUGCUCAUUGGAAUAGAAUACAGCGUCACCUACAGAACAAGUCCUUAAUUAUUUCUAUGAAUAGCAGUUGAUGGUUCCUUAAAUCAUCUGGAUAAUUUGUGGUUAAAAUUCUUGAGUUUAGCGAGUUUUGAGUAAUGUUUUAUUUCAAGCGGAAUUGUCAGUUACACCCUUUUGCACCAAGCCCCUAAUAUUAAACUGUGCAACUAUAAAAACUCCGGUGAAAAUUUCUUGCCACAUGCAGGUUAUGUGACCUUAAAACAUUUUACAAGAACACAUGCAGCUGGGGGGAAAUUCCUGUAAUGUGAUUUAGUUUGAUGCAAUUUAAGUUAGUUUACUACGAGGAGCAAACAUUAAUUAGUAGCAUUAAUUAGAAUUGCAGAAUGGGCAUUUCGUAUUAUUUAGUAUGGGCCAUUUUUGUUCAAAAAAGGUAGUACUUUGUGUUCUGUCCUACAGACUCGGAUGACGAAGAGGAGGAAGAUGAAGAUAUCAAGACAGGAUACAAGCCUCAAGUUAUUUUGGAACCAAAGGUAGAUCUUGACUAGCAAUAAUGAAAAUUAAGCAAGUUUAAGUUUAAUUUUUAUUUGUCUCAAACUCAUUUUCAUUCACUGCAUAUACUGUACUGGAUGCCAAACCAUAACCAUUAAUAAUAAUAAUAAUAGUAAUAAAUUAUCAAUGCUUUGACACAGAAUUCUGUUUGAUAGCAUCAGGGAAAACAAUAUAUGUUGUGGUUCAAAUUUAAUGUUUGGUUUGAAUUUUUUAAAAUCAGUUAAAAUUUUUCAAACUGGUUAGAAAUUUUUAAAACCAUAACACUUACAUGCGCAAGUGUUUGAAGUCUCAAUGCUUUUCUAUUUUUAAGGAUGUCUACGGAAAUCGGCCAUUACCUCAUCUGAUUGGCACAUCAGAUUUCUUCAGGGAUGAGCUUGUUGGACUGGGAGAGUCAUCUGGAGAAGGUACCACAAUAAAUUGAUAUAGAUUAUUUGUUUUUGUUUUUUUUUUUACAUGCAGUUAAAUGCAGUUUAUCAGAGUUAAUAACAAGGAGUGUUAGUCUUAUCUUGCUGGCUAUCCGUAUUGCCAGAUGUGCCUGCACCAGGAUCCCAAGUGCUCUUGGAGUUGUGUGCAUUGUAGCAUGUUCAGAUGCACUAACUUAAGCAUUCUGGCAUUUUGGUGUUUUUGGGCAGUUGUGAAUUAGUGAGCAUUUAUCCAGCCCUGGUACAUGUAUUUCACAAUCGUGGAGACUCAGGUUAUGGUGGUUUCCCACCCCCUUCCCUCCCUCUUUCCACUGUCUUGCCCAUUGUGGUGGGUGCCUGCUUUCUUCCCUUUCGCGUGGUGGCUCAUGGAGCCCUGCAUUGCCAGGAUUUGCCAGCCAUGGGAGCAGUCUCCUUCUAGGGGCUGCCAGGCUGCCAAUAGUGAAAGCUCCUGGAUGUCUCAGGCACCAAACUUCCACUUCUCAAGUAAUUAUUUUUUUAAAGCUAGCGACAAUUAUUUAUCAUUGCCAGAAACUAAUAUUAUUUUUGUUUGCCAGUAGUUCUUUAUGUUGUCAAUUUAUUUCUGUCAACUUUAAUUUUUGCUUGUUUCAAUUUAACAGAAGAUGAGGGAGAGGAAGAGGAAGGAGAAUCCAGUGAAAAUGAAAGUGAAAGUGAAUCAUCAGCAUCUUCCAAAAGCAGUGAAUCAGAGAGUGAGGCAAGUUAAAAUUAGUAGAGUAAAAACCCACAAGGAAGAACCUGGUUUUAAAGAACCUUUUAGGCUAAAAUUUGCCAGUUAGAACCCAUUUUAUACAAGAACCUGUUUAAGCCUAAAAUUUGAAACAGGUUCCUAUUUUCUUCAAUCUUUAAAAAAAAAUUAGGAAAAUGCAGGGUCUUACUUGCAGGUUUUUAUUGAAUAAUCAGCAGUCUUAUACAAUUUGUUAAAUGCUAAGAAAUAAAUAGUAUUAAACAAACAAUCUGUCAAAGAGUUUUCAUUUGAAUAUUAGCAUCAGAGGAUUUUGUUCACAGAUUAUGAAGGUAGAGUGACAAGUAAUCUUGCUAUAACUUUGACUAGGAGUGAAAUGGCUAGUCUGGAUUAAGUGAUUACAUGAAAAUUUCAUAGAUCAUCAUAUUUAUUAGCCUGAGAAAACAGCCAACUUAUCAUGGUGCCACAACUAGUUUCAUCAAAAAAUUACGUCUGAGGAAGGAGCAAAGAAAUUCCUUACUGAUGACAUGUUACUACCCAAAUCCGCAUAGUACUUCUGAUUGGUUGAAAAUCUACUUCAUCCAGUCAGAAGCACUAACCAGAUCAGGGUGUUGUUUCAUCAUCAAUAGACAGAUUUAGCAAAGACAAUGCAAUUGCUGUGACGACGGCAUGUGCAAAUCAAAAAACCGGCUUGACCAAUGGCAGAGAGGUAAAUUGGGCACUGGAAGUUGUACUAGGUCCUUUAUGCGUUCUAUUCCGUCUUCAAAUGACAUUCCCGUUCUGUUGCUAAAUCACUCUAGUAUGUAAUUUUUGGGCUUGUUUCUUAGACGUCAUUUUGCAAGGACAGCAGUGGUGGCAGCAUGAAAUGUUGACUCUUUCCUCAGGCUGUAUUUUUAUAAGUUUAAAUUUUAUUCAUACAGAGCUCAGAAGAAGGCAGCAGUGAAUCAGAGACAGAAACACCUAAGGAAACUGAGAAAAAACAAAAACAAAAGGCAAAGGUAUGUCACCAUUAAUAUAGCUUUAUUUAGGUGCAGUCUCUGAAUAAAAGCUGCAUAGAGUAGAGGACAAAAAGAAUUUUUUUUUGGAACAGAAGAUUGAGUCAGAAGAUGAGGAUGAAGACGAUUUAUUUGGAGAGAAAAAGAAACUGUCAGAAUCAGAGGAUGACGAAGAAGAAGAAGAAGAGGAGAAAAAGGAACAGCCUAAAACGGUGAGGGUUAUAACUGUUGAGUAAACAGUAACCAUACUGGUACCUUAUUGCAAAAAAAUUGUGAAACUGAAGACUCAUGAGGAAUUUGAGAUGGAAUCCAUCAGGAAAUUGAGUAAUUUUAAUUAUCAGUGGGCAAAAACCUUGUACCAGAAUAAUGUAACGGAUAUUGCAUUCUUUUUUUCGGUUUUUUACGGGUUAAAGAUGUAAUUAGUCUGUAAUAACACCAAAGAAAAUUUCUAAUGGGAGUCUGAGAAAAUGAAUGCCAAAUUUCACAAGAAUUGUGAAAACACAGGUAAAAUUCUAAAAAUUUCAUGUGUAAGAAGUCAUUUUGUGAAAUUUGACAUUUAUUUUCUCCUUUUCCUUCUCCCUUGUUUUCUCAACAAGGGAGAAGGAAAAGGAUGUCAAGCACAGCAUCUCAAUGUUAUUCCUUCAAUUGACCCAAGUUGUAAUGUCUUUUAUUGUGGUGGUGGUUUGGUCACAUGGAGAAAAUGAGACUUGCUUGUAACUUCCUCUUGCACUCAAGAAGUUUAACCCAAGGAAAAUUCAGUGUGUGACUAAAAUAAAUGUUAAAGAUUUACUUCUUGUGUCUACAGCCCAGGGGUGGUUUAGACUUUGCUGCAGAGCUUGCAGCCAAAAUUGGUGUUGCACCUCCCAAGCGACAAGAUAGUGAAGAUGAAGAUGAUGAGGAAAAACCGGCUGAUGGUGAAUGGAGUGAUGAAGAACAUCAAAUACCACAAACUGCUGUAGACCAGGAAAAAGAGCGCAGUGAAUCAAAAAGGAGCCGUGGCGACAGCAAAACAAAAGAGAAAAAAUCUCAUCAUCAUCACCAUCACAAGAAAGAUAGGUCUGAAUCACAUGGAGAGCAUAAGCACAGGAAAAGGCGUGGCAGUAAGACAAGUCACAGUAGUGUGGACACACGGCAGUCUGUUCCUGCUGAAGAUGGUGAGAAUUGCCCAUAAUGAUAAUGAUAAUGACAAUAGAAAUAAUAAGUCCUUUAUUUACCCUUGGCAGUAUUUGUAGCACUAAUGCUAGUGGGCCCGAGCAAAUACCUGAAACAAAUAAUUUAAAUCAAACUUUAUCAUUACUCCAGCAUUCUCUUUCUCGAAGCACCUCCCUCCCCUCCCACCACACCCACCAAAACAUCUUGUGUUUGUGGAAAGGUGGUGGUCAUUUAAGCCCUACUAGGUGUCAUGAUUGCAUCCUAAGGAGAGCCUCUGCACCUCUAUUUUAGAUCUGUUUGGUCAGUCAAGCCCUCAAGAAGAUGGACUGUUUGGAAGUGAGGGCACUCCAUUCAAACAGAAGGGAGGGCUUUUCAGUGGAGGAGGGAAUCUGUUUGAUGAUGUAGAUGGGGAAAAGGUAUGUGUUGAAAUUGAGGGGGUUGAGGAAGUGAUACUUACAGUUGCUCAGUUUUUCAAACCAGAAGAAGUUAUUGGCUCUUAAAUUUCUUCCAGUUACAGUGGAACUUUGAUAUAACAAACUUCUAUAUAACGAAGUCCUUGGUAUAACAAACGAUUUUCUUUACCCCAGUAAUAAUAUAUGAAAAAGAACCUCAAUAUAAUGAAACCUCAUUAUAGCAAACAAAUUUUGCCAGUCCUUUGGCCCAUCAUCAUAUCAAGAUUCCACUGUACACUGGAACCUUGGUAUAACAAACCUCUUCAUAGCAAAGUCCGUGGUAUAACAAAUGCUCUGCUUGGUGCAUUAAUAUUAACAUUUAUGAAAAAGAACCUCCAUGCAAUGGAACCGUGUUAUAGCGGACAAAUUUUUCCAGUCCCCUGGCCCUUUGUUAUAUUAAGGUUCCACGGUAAAUGGCUACCUUCACUAAAUUAUGGGGAAAAGUGCGAGAAAUAGGAAAUAAGACAAAAAAUUUAAAUAUUUUGUAACAAUCUCAGAAUUGAUCCUUAAUUUUAUUAAAGUACUAAGCUUUUAAGCUUUUAUGCCCAGUAGAAAAUGGUGCAAAAGGCUGCAGAUUCUCACCAUUUGUUUAACAUAAGCAAACGUUCUCAGAACAUUUGAGGAUUGCAUUGCUUUCUCUCCCAUUCCAAACUGCUAAAGUCAUGUCUGUGGGUAUAAUAUUAAGUACUUAUUUAAAAUGCAGUCAUCAAAGAGGAGGCCAAAACUGAGCCUUUUGAAAGCAACAGGAGAAUAGAGUUUUACUAUAGAGUUCAAAAUAGAUAAAUAUGAGUUUUAGCAUUAAAGGAAUACCUUUUUACUAAAGCUAAUAUACCCAAAACGUUGCUUUUUGAUAAAUUAUGUAUUGUGUCCGCUUUCAUAGGAGGACUUGUUUGCAGAACAGAAGACUGAAGAAACAGAUGAAGUGGAGAAGCCAAAAGAGGGUGUGUUCCCUUAAUACCUUUACCUCCAUCAAGUUAUAAAUAUAUACUUUGAAACUGAUGGGUUUGGUGGUGAAAGUUGUUCAAAAUGUAGAUACACUAUCCCCUGGAUAAAUCUUUAUGUAGUAGAUAACACACUUGGGUUCCAAAUAUAUCUAUCGGAUAGCGGUUUAUCCAGUGGAUAGCGUUGUCCAACAUGUGAACAACCUUGGCCAGGUGUUGAUCCCAGUAAAAACAUUGACUCUCUUUCAGUAACAUGUGAGUGGCAAAGGUGGUGCACAAGUCAUGCACUCUCAAAAAUUCUGUAAAUUUUAUUGCCCAAAGUUACGAUCUCCUUCAAGUCUUUUACUCCUAACAGCAGCCAAUUUGAAAAUUUGAGAAAAAUCCUAAGUUAUUUUGAUUUUGUAAAGUACAGGAAAGCAAAUACAAUUGACUCUCUCUUGACGGACACCUCUAUGAGAUUGACACCCUAGUAGAACAGACAUCUAAAGUUGGUCCUUACCUUUCUUUACCUUUUCUUUGACUCGCUAUAAGAUGAACAUUACUCUUAGAUGGACACUUAGUGCUGGUCCCAAAGGUACUCUUCUUAGAGAGAGUUGACUUAAGGACCAUGCAAAAGCAGUGGCGGAUCCAGGGGAGGGACUAGGGGGGGGGGGUUGCCUCCCCUUAUGUUUAGACCAAACUGAGGCCCAAGAGCCCCCACCCCCUCUGCCCUCAUCUCAGGGUCUGGAUGACUGCCCUCUCUCCCACGCCCCCUUAUCUGUAGGUCUGGAUCUGCCACUGAAAAGUACUAGUUAAGGGGUUUCAUUGAAAUGGUAACACCACAGUAUGUCAUACGUGCUGACUCAAAAAUUAGCAGCACAAUAUUUCUCCCUCCAUAUUUACUCCAGGAGUUAAAGAAUUGACUAUGAAUAAUAUAUGACCAAUCUCCAUACAACGGUGGAAACAUGUCUGCAGGGUUUGCACACACCUUCAAAAUCCUUGAAAGUCCUAACCUUUUAAAAAGAAAAUUCAAGGCCUUGAAAGUUCUUGAAAAUUGCAGUCAGUACUGGAAAGUCCUUGAAUUUCAAUGCUGACUGAAUAGUUUAAGAAGAACUGCAAUGGAAAAGGAGCAAACACAAAGACCUUCAGGAUAAAAUUCUCCUGAUGUGGAAGAACUUAAAAAAAGGCAUAGACUUUGCACUGAAUGUAGUCCUUGAAAAAUGCAAAAUGUGUCCUUGAAAAGUCCUUAAUUUUUUGUUCAAAAAAGGGUAUGAACCCUGGGUCUGGAACUACGUUACUUUGGAAAUGCAUUGAGAUCAACGAAAAAUCCAUGAAUUGACUACAAUGAUAUCUUUUCUCCUUUUAUCCGCUACUAACCAGAAGAUGGAGAGUCUUCAUUAGUUAAACCCAGAGCACGAAGUACAGCUAGUGGCAAAAGAAUUCCCGCUGGUGCAGUGUCUAUAUUCGGAGGUUUGUCAAUACUUCUGUUCUCUGUUGUCGUAACCUGGGAAGCACAGGCCCUUUUACUAUCAUUUAACAGAAGGUUUGAUGUGUCUGUAUUUGACUUUGUGUUGUAUUGGAUUUAUGAACCUUUGAUCAACAGCUUGAAGUGCAUGAUUAAGUUAUGUAUACAUGCAGGAGGGUUGAUUAGCAGGGAAAAGCUAGAGUAUUUUAAGUGGUAAAUGGAUGAAUGCUUUUUGAAUAGUAAACAGUUCAAAUUGUUGACCAAUCAGAGCACACACUUUACUCUUUUUUAUUUUGUUAUAACUAAAGCUGAUUACCACUGCCUUCUUUGCACAUUACACCAAUGUAUGGUGCAAAUUAUUGCUAAGAAAAAAUGUUUCUUGGUAACAAUGUAUUUUUCUAUUUCAAAUUUGUUUUCUGUUAGAUUCUGGAUUGUUUGGAUCACCUACCAAAGAGGUGAGGAAAUCAGAGGAUUCGUUAUUUUUUGCUGCUGAUAAUAUUUUAGUGCCUGUGUGAUUUUAUUGUAAGAAGAAGAACAGCAGUCAGAUGUAAUCAAUAUAUAAAACACAUAUGCAAAAGUAGUAAUUUUCUAAUCUAUUAUCCUUUACCAAGGCUUUCACUGUUUCCUGCGAAAGUACCAAGGUGUCAUGCUUACAGUAGCCAGGUGAAAUCCCUGUCCCUUGGCAACUGGCACUCGGUGACAGCCCUACUCUAUGGCUUGCUUAGUCCCUUCUGUGUAGAGGUUGGGCUGUGUUAAUUGUCUUUUAAUACAUGUUACCAGGACUUAUCUAGUAGCCUCACUAAAAGCCACUCAAAAGAGGUGUCAGAGUCGACAAAACCCAAACCCAAGCCGGAAGUGAAAGGAGGAGGACUGUUUGAUGGUGAUGAUGAAGAUGAUUUAUUUACCAGUACAACAUCUAAGCCAUCGCCUACUCCGACAACACAAGGUAUGUUGACACAGAGUGAUUGCUCAAUACUGAGGCCUACACUGAAUUGUGUUUUUCAAGCCCAACUAAGACAGCUGUUUCAAAAGAGUUACAGGGUCCCUAAAGUCUUGCAACUCUGAAAUUCUUAGGCCCAACCAAAAAUUGAGUACAUGAGGCGUCCAGGCUGCUAGAGGACAUUCCCAGCUUUCGUGUACCUUUUUGCUUAAUCUUCUGUACGUAUUGCAAGUAUGUAAACAGCCUUAUUUGGACUUCCACGAAGAAGAAAUGGACUGCACAGAAUGCAAUCUGAUCAUGCACAUUUGAACCUUCUAUCACUCAUAAUCUAAUCAUGCGUGUUUUUGACAAUCUAUCACGUGAAACUUACGCAAAGCACUUCCAUAACCUUCAGUUAUUAUUAGUGUAGAUAUCAGAGAGUUUUAGAUUCUGUGACAAAGAUGACUACGAGUAUGAGAUUUUCUCAAUACUCAGUAUUGCUCACAUGUGAACCAGCGUCAUUUAGGCGGGAAAACGUGAUAGCCAUCGUCAUUCUACUACGAUUUUUAGCGAGAAUGUCGUAGUGGCAGAAAUAAGUUGUCAAGUGAAGAAGUUUUAUCAUUUUGCUAUCGGUGAGGGCUGAACCUCCUUCAGUGUAAAUAACCGUACCAACUUUUUAAGUGAAUAAAAAUAAAAUGAAGCUUUCCAGGGUGUCUUGGUUUUGAGAACACGCACAGACACUUAAGUUAAAUCUCGUACUCGUACUCGUUCUCCUCCUCAAAUCUAAAGCUCUCUACCAUUAAAGGUGGCCCAACGGUCCCCUCUCCCCCCUCUAAUUCCACCCAUGACAUUAUUUAUGUCUCCAACCCACAGAGGCCACAACAGCCAAGAAGCCAUCAUCUAAAAAGGUUGACUUGUUUGUUGAUGAUGGUGAGGAAGAAGAUGAUGGGGAUUUGUUUGCCGAUAAACCACCAGCAAAGGAAACUCAUGCUCAAGCGCCACCCAAGAAAAAGGUUUGCUGUCAUUCCAUGUAUACUCCCAGAGAGCCGUAACAUAUUGUUUUCGAAAAAAUAAUUCUCUGAGAAGUAUUAAAUAAUUAAUAGGAGCAUGCGAAAGUCCUGCUGAAGAGGUUUCAUUUGAAUGGUCACUUCAGAGGAUUCCACGGACUCUGCAGAAAAUAGAACUACAUACUGAAUAAAUGGCACCAUGUGAAAGAGGUUUCAUUUGAAUGGUUAAACCAAAAUUAUUUUAUCCACGGACCAACAGUAAGAACUGCAUGCUAAAUAAGUACUACCAUGUGAGAGUACUCCUAGAGGUUUCAUUUUAAUACUUUCAUCCAUCGACCCAAAAGAAAAAACUACGUACUUAAUGCCAUGUGAAAAUACUGUAAAUCCUCUUUUAAUAUUAUAUGAUAUUGAUUCUGACUGACUUUGUGUUGCAUUUCAGCUGCCUGUAGGAGCUGUGUCAUUGUUUGGUAGUUCACCCCCACCUCUUCUCAUCAGCAAGAAAACAGAAGAUGAAGAGGUGAGAGUUACUUGAACUGUUCAAUACCUCGUGAGCAGAGGUUUCUUUCUUGCAUGGCUUUUGGGAUUUAUGGAGUCGUUCGGGAGACAGUCUCCGAUUUGACCGCGAUUUUUUUUUUUGGCAAGUAUUUAACAAUUAUUGGACGAGUUUGAACAAAAUAUGGUGAUUUGUCAGUGGUGAGCAGAUCAAUUAUUAUUAUUUAUUUAUUGAUCUGCGAGACACUGACAAAUCACGUUAUUUUUGGAUAUCCGAGUUCAAUAAUUGUUUUAUCAUUCGAUCACCAAGUUUGUUUUUUAAUGAAUGUCUUCGGGAAGCGAAGCGAUCUGCCAUUUUUCACGCAAGAGUGAUCGCAGAACACACGACACAGUUGGACGACACUGCGCAUAAGCAGAACAUUAUUUGUAGGCAGUUAUUUUGCAGGUCACGUGGUGGACUUUCGACCAAUGAAAAGGACGAAAAAUUUGCAACGAAUGAUAAUAUCACUUGUGUGCCCCCUGAAAGUGAAAUACCACGUGACAUUUCUUACCCAGGCAACCCAGGGUGAAUGUAUCAAAAGAAAAACGUUGGUGUAAAAAUUCACAUAUGUUAUUCUCACUUGACAUUUUGAAGACCAUAACAAUGUUAUAAACACUAGCUAAUAAAUGGUUAUUGUUUGGGACAGGACAUAACCAGAAAUGGUUAUGUUUUAGGACAUUACUGCCAAACACAGUUCGCCAAAGUUGCAUGUGUCACUGCUGCAGGCCAAAAUGGUCACAACUUGGAGUGUUGAUUCCCCUUGAUUUUUCUCUUCCUUUUUUCUCCAUUCUUCUUUUCAUUUAUCUUUUUAUCCCAACUUUCCUUCCCUUACUCUCAAAUGGCAAGAUCCUAGAACACUCUUUCUUUCUGGCUUCCAGGAGGAUGACACUGGCCUCUUGAGUAAGCCCAAAGUGACUCCACCACCCAAGAAAGCCUCAGUUGAAGCAAAGCCUCCCCCUGCCACCCAGCCAAGCAAGCCAAAAUCAGGGGGAGGUCUGUUCAGUGAUGAAGAUGAGGAAGAGGGAGGAGGGUUGUUUGGAGCCGCUGCUGUUAAGCCACAGCUGCCUAAAGUUGAAACAAAGUCAAAACCUAAAGCGAAAACAACAAUAAGCUUGUUUGAUGACGACGAACAAGACGAUGAGGACGAAGACUUCUUUUCUGCCUCAGCAUCUACAAAAGCAAACAGGUAAUUUUUGCGUAGCUAAAUGUAAUUUAUUAGGCGAGUUUAAAAACGAGACAAUGCUAGCUAGGCAGCAGUCUUUAGGCAUAUGUAGGGCUCUAGUAAUUUUACAGUGCUUUCACUGACGUGACGUUGCCUUCACGUGCAGUCGCUUUAAGCUGGUUUUGCUCCCACCCCUCCCGUCCCUCCAAAUGUCAAUUGAGGUUUCUGGGUAGCUGACUACCUACCCCUCCCCUAAGUCACACAUUUGCCCCAAGUGAGAAGUAAGCGUUAAUGUUGACUUAAAGAAGGCGUAGGUGGUCUGUUACCCAGAAACCUCAGUUGAUCCAAUGUCUCUUGGUGAGUGUCUCUGAAAGACUCCACUAAGGUUUUCAGUGUGACGGUGCCUGGUGGUUGCCACUCGCAAGUUUGUCAUGGUUACCCUCAGUUUUCCCAGGUACCUUCCCCACACUCAUCUAUUGGCGAAUUGAAAAAUUAUGAAUCGAAAGACCUGUCAAUAACUAUUUGUGAAAGUUGCUCAGGGGAGUUUUCUUCCUGUUUUGUUCAUUUGUUAUUUUAUAUCGGUUAAAAGUAAAUUUUUCGUUUACUUGUACAGUGUACCAGUCAAGAAAGCUUCAAGCACCGAGAAACCCAAAGAAGAAGUGAAGGUUGGAAGCGUCAUUAAAAUUAUUGUUUUUUGAAAGAAUCAAAGAGUUUUGCUGGGAUAGAGUCCACUUGAGUGCUAAGCGUAGGUUCAUCCGAGUGAAACUCUUUUUUUUAAUUGGUGUUUGACCAUUUUCACGCUUAAAUUUACAUGCACUUUAUCACACUUUCUUUUUCUAUACAUCUAUAUCCACAAAUCUAAGAUUUCUUUGCUUUUUAUAAUGAUGACAUGAAGCCAUCGAAACGUCAUGUUUCUUUUAUAUCGUUGAUUUUUCUUUUGAAAUAAGAUCUUUUCACUGUUAAUUGUUUAACUCCUGCAGGAAUCCAAGCCAUCACGUGAUAAGCCUUUAGGGCUCUUUGAUUACGAUGAAGAUGAUUUAUUUAAUUCCCCGUCUCCUAAACCUGUGCCGUCUCCAAAUGCCACACCCACAGAGGUCAGAAAAAAGGUAUGUCCUGCUAACAGGGUUAGAGAGUUGCAUUUUCUGAAUUGAAUAGAAUGUAAUGGAAUAUAAUAAUCUUUAUUGAGUUUUUAUCGAUGUAAAUGGCUGAUUCUUACAAUGUCGUAAAAGAGCAUUCUAGGAAAAAAUUUAAUUACAUUUAGUGAUAAUAAUGUGCAGACUAGGAAGCUAAAUGAACGAAUUGGUUUUCUUGAUAGUUCCCUGAACAUUUUAAGUUCUAGGGAGCAGUUAAAUGAUAAAAAAAAUGCAAAGAAAAACAGAAACUAAGAAAGAACUUAUAUGUAACAUGUUACAUGAAAGAAAAAAAGAAAAAUUAUUUCAACAGAUGACUUCUUCUAUAACUCAUAACUUUACGACUUGCUUGAUGUAGCUAUUGCUGUAAUAAAAUUUUGCCAUUGAAGGUUUUGCUUUUGUUUUUAAAAUCUGUCAAGAAAAAGAUUUCGCGACAAGUAGGAACUCUUUAACCCCAGAGAAAGUAAUUCCUCUAUAUUUGUGUCACGGCGUUAUCACAGGCCAGUUGACUUUUAGAUCGAUUUUGGCACAAAUACUCGGAAAUCAUAUCUGACAAUUCUCCCCCUGGCACCAUUUCGAAGAUUUUAGUUUAAACGAAGACAAUAUCUUUUCUUUAGCUUUGAAUUCUUAGCCCUUUAUGGCCAACAGUCAACAUGCGUAAUUAUUAUUGGCAUUGUUUUCCGUGUACUAGGUAUGGUUUAAGGAGAAUUUGUUUUAAAAUCAAGACGAUUUUAUGAUACCUUUUUGUUUGAGAGAAUUGUAAGGGUUAAGUCAAAUUAAUCAAUGAAAGGGCGUUAUUUACAUUAGCAGGAAAAACCGAAAAGUUCAUCCAAGAUCCAGUCACUUUUUGAUGCUGAUGAGGCUGAUGAAGGCACAUUUGGUGAAGCGGCAGAUGAUAUUUUUACUGCCUCACCGCCAAAGGUAUACGUACGUUUGUCUUUUAGACUGAUUUCUGUUUUGUAAGGCUCUUCCGUUAACUCAAAGAAGGAGUUUUUCUUAUACACGUAUAAAUUAUUAUAAACGGCAGAGUAAGAACAGAACAGGAAAAUUGAGGGAGACUGUGCUCUGUUACCCACUGUGACGUCAUAUAUUUUGCACUGUUGUCAGCUUGGAGACCUGUGGCUGGAAAAGGCGGGAAAGAAGUUCAUUGUUAGGUGUCACGUGACUUUGGAGUAGCCAAGUAGGGACCUGGCACUGGUGAGAAUUGGGUUGCUGAAGUUGUUUUAAUAGGGUAGCCAAAGUCGCUUGGGCCUCGUGCUCACCCUACUUGUCCCCACCCCCUCAAUUAUUGUCGAAAGGAAGUGAUAGUGGAUGACUGCAGGCUAUCUUUUGACCAUAAUCAUUUUUUUUUUCAGUCUCCACAAAAGUCGUUUGAGUCUGUGUCACCUUUAUCAGCGGCUCUAUCACAGGCUGCCCCUGAUUCAACAGAUAGGAGCAUGAUCAGCAACACAAAGCCCAAACAAACAACCGCUGCCCCGACCAAAACAGGCUUGUUCAGUGACGAGGAAGAUGACUUGUUUGGUGGAAAAUCAGUUGAAGAGAAGCCAAAGGUUGAAGAAAAGAAAGAAGUGAUUUCUGAGAGCCCUAAACCAAAGAAACCUGUGGGAGGAGUAUCCAUGUUUGGAGGUGUGGAUCUGUUUGCUGGCAAGAAGCCAUCCUUUAUUGGUGAUGAGGCUGAACCAAAGCCAACAGUGGCACCCAAAAUACCGGAAGGUAAGAAAGAGGUCCUCACUCCCUCCCCCCUAAUUUCGGACAUGUGACAAGGCUAUAGCAGAAUCAGAAGGUUCCAUAAAAAAGUUGAAAAGGAGUCUCCCCCCUACCCCCAACCCCCUUUCCUGACAUGCGGAAAGGCUGGGUCAGAAGAGACGACUUAGCAGGCACAGUAGAGAAAGAGAGAGGUCACCAUCCCUAGCCCCCGCCCCCACGCCCCCAUUUCUGACAUGCGGCAAUGCUAAAGCAGAACCAAAGGUUUUGAAAAAGCAAAAAGCAAUGUUUUUUGUCCCAUUUUUAGUGGGUUGCACAUCAUUUGGGUCCAGGAUUCUUUUAAGCCUUUGUGCUCUUUACUCACAGGGGUAAUCAGACUGUUAAGUUAGUUUGAGGUUAAAUACAAAAACAAGAAAGUACUUGUCCAGGCCUGUGUGUCAAAUCCUGUUUUUGUUUCAAUUUUCAACAGCGAAACCAGCAGUGACAAAAAAAGGAGCAGAUUUGUUCAAUGACGAUCAGGAAGAAGAUGAGUUGUUCUCUUCAAAACCCAAAACAACAAAACCAAUGGCACCAAAACCAAUGGCACCAGCGGCUAAAGCUAAACCAAGUUCAGACUUGUUUGGUGAUUCCACCGAAGAUGACCUCUUCUCCGCACCGGCAAAGCCUCCAUCCAUCGGUAUGGGACUGUUAACCCUUUGAGCCCCAAUUCGUCACCAUAGAAACGAGAAGGAAACUGGGCCGAGUUAACUUUGCAAAGACUUCUGGGAUCCUUACUGGGGACAUGCCGGUCAGCUAUUGGCCAAUUUUUUCUCUGACCCCAAUAAUCUUCCCAUAAGUCAUUGCGUAAGUUAACUCGGCCCAGUUUCCUUUUCGUUUCUUAAAUGGCGAGUACCAACGCAAAGACUUCUGGGAAUACCUUCGCAAAGACUUCUGGCAUCGUUAUUGGGGAUGCUCCGGUCGGCUAUUGGCCAAUUUUGUUUUCUCUGACGCCAGUAACCGUCCCAUAAGUAUUUCAAUUUGUGGAAGUUAACUCGGUUCAACUCCUUCUCGUUUCUAAAAUGACUAAUACCAACGCACAAAUCCUUUAACUGGCCUCCAUAAGUUCGAAGGAGUGGUAAAAAUAUCAAUACAAGGGAAGAAAGGUUGGCGGAGUGGUGAGAGCACUCGCCUUCCACCAAUGUGGCUCGGGUUCAAAUCCCGGCGUGGACGCCAUAUGAUGGUUGAGUUUGAUGUUGGUUUUAUUCUUUGUGGCCCGUUUCUCGAAGACCGGGAAACUUUUCAGUAACUUUUUUUAUCUUCUCAAUUUUGUCCAUCCGUACCUUCAUUUACAUUUGCUACGUUAUUUAAACCUCCCUUCAAUGUUUUAAUCGAUCAUUUUUGUUUCGCUAAAUUCCGUGACCAGUUCUAAACGGCGGAAUUUAUCUAAAUUUCGUGACUCACUUCUAAUUUUAGAGUCUAAGCCUGUCAAACCUGUAGUCAGCGCGAAACCAGAUGUAGAGGUUAAACCUGCAAAACCUGAUAAACCUGUUGAACCAGUUAAACCCAAGAAGCCUGCUGGAGCUGUGUCCAUGUUUGGAGGCGUGGAUCUCUUUGGCGCCAGCAAAUCACCGCCAUCUUCAGCGGCUGCAGCAAAAGCUCACGUGACGGCUAAGCCAAAAGGUUAGACUUCGAGUAAAAGGUUUAAUUGGGGACUACAUGGAAGACUACAAUUACUUCAGUUUCUGAAUGUCUUGUGCAUGUCUACACCACUAAAUUACGAUGUUACUAAAACGGAGAACGUGAACGGGUAACGAACACGGGGAACGGGAACAUUGAAAUAUGUGAACAUAACAGAGAGUGGGGUAAUGGGGUUACGGAUAGGGCUAGGGAGUAAGUUUAGGUUUCUUCCUUUUUUCCCGUCCCCCAUGCUUGUUCCCCGUUCCCCGUUGUACGUUCCCCUUUCCUCUUUUCCUGUUCCCCGUUCCCCCUUUCCCGUUUCCUGUUCCCCGUUCUUCAUUUUCCGUUUUCAGUUUCUGGUUUUAGUAGCAUCCUACUAAAUUCAUGCUUUCGGGGUAACGCUUAAUUGUGAAUAGCUACCACAAAGCUAAAAUUCUCCAAUUGUCUCUCUCUGAAUCAGGACACUGACAAUAUAGUUAAAGUUUAGUGUCCCACAUUAAAAUUCGUUAAAAGUGUUGGUUUUUUGUUUGUUUGUUUGUUUGUUUAGUUUUAUUAGUUGAGCUGACUACAGCUGCAGGUUAUGCUGUGUACUGAAAUGUUUAUAAACAGCAACGCGCUUGAUUUUUCAUUAUUCGUGCAAUUUUAGAUCCAUUAGCAGACGAGGAUGACGAUGAAAAUGAUUUGUUUGCCUCCAAACCCAAAGUUAAAGUUGUACAAGAACCCAAACCAGAGGUAACUUGCUUGUCUUUCCUCGAAUAAUGAGUAAAAGACAACUUUGCACAAAUAUAAACUGCAUUGCCACCUCUUUUGUGAGCUGUGUCUCGAGUUCCUUAUUACGUCAGAAAGAACAGAGUCAAAGCUCAAUCUGAUAGCAGCCUUCCUGUACAAGUACACAGCACAACGUAAUAGGUAGCCACUCCCUUAUCUGGAGAGCUUGCUCGCUGGUACGUCAAACUACGUCAGACUACGUCAGACGACCAAUAUAAACGUCGUAACGUUAUUAGUCAAUCAGUACAGUAACGUCAGGCUGACCCACUAUCAAUAAGGAGCUUAAGCAAAGACGUUUUGAGCGACGCACGUUAACCGGAAGCGAGGCCUUUUUCCUUUUAAUAUGCCUUGACGCUUCCAAGUGUAUUAACUAAGUGUCUAUACUCUUAUGCAGAUGACUUGCCUGAAUUUUAUUUGAGCAUAACAACCGCUCAUGACUGCGUCGCUCAAAGACGCCUUUGCUUAGCUCCCAAAUAACAGCUCAUUUCAGGCUACACUGACGCGGACAAUCGUGUAGCAGUAGUUGCUCAUUUCCUCAGGGAUAGUAGAGUGAGCGACGUACACGAGCGCGCGUGGAAAUUAGCCAUCCUCGUCUCUCCCCACUUCGCGCGUGGCAAUUUUCACGCGCAUUUGGGUAUUUCCCUCUUUCUGUUAUCCCUGAGGACAUGAGCGACUGCUCGUAGACAACCUCGUCGCCAGGGUCCUCUCGUUUUCCAAUAUGGCGGAGACUACAUUUGAAUUUUGAAUAGGUCGCUUGACCAUUCCGAGCGCUCCGUUUCGUCAUGUGACUUAUACCUUCCUGCCAGAAAGGCUGUAACAACUGUUCUCGGUUGAAGUGAUCAUGAAUACUUACGGAAGAAUUUGGCAUGGCAAAACAAUUUGACAAAGAUGCAGUUCACUGUGUAUUGAUAAUAUUUUUUAGCGCGGAGGCGGAGAUGAUUCAACAGAAUUCCUUCCUGACAGUUUUAGAACAUUUGAACUGCAAACCGUUCUAAAAGGCAAGGAAAGUCACGUGGCCAAACAAGGUACUCGGAUUUGCACGUGAGCUAAACAAAAUUCAAGCGCGAUUGGUGUUUUUAUUCGAGGUGCUAACAGUUAAGUGAUUUCAAUAGAGAGGAGAAGAUGUUACGUCAAGUUGCCAUGGUAGCAAAUUUUCUGGAUCUCAACAAACCGUGGUCCUGCAAAUUUGGCAGAAAAGAAUGAAAAAAUUGACAAGUACGACUUUCCUCUUCAUGAUUGCACUCAGGAACAAAACGGUAGCCGUUACUUUUCUUCCAUCGUUCGACAGUGCAAAUGGCCGUCUCUGUCAAGAAAGAUUGUUGAGAUUGAGCAAUUUUGCUACCAUGGUAACGUGACGUCUCACUUCUUCUCUCAAUAGUAGUAUUUCUGAUAAAUGUCCUUUUUGACAAACCUUUGUACUUUGUGAUUGGUUAUAACCCGUUUUGUUUUGGUCUUAGCCAACUCUCCCACUUCCGGUACCCAAGUUGGGGUCUUCCUCAGGUUCCCCCGUUGUUAGCCCCAAGACGUCACCGGUGAAGCCUUCUCUUGGAAUCGAGAAACUCCAGGUAUUUUGUUUUAGUUUAAUUGUUUUUAUGAGAACCGAAGUCGCUGGUAUGAAUAACAGCAAUAGAUUUAAUUAUCCUUUUGCCCUUAUGGGGCUUUACAGGGAUAACAAAACAAAUAAUUUAAAUGGAACGUAACUUUCUUAAGAAUCCCAGCAGGUAGGAGGCGAACCAGGUGGCGAUUUUACAAGCGUGGCCGAGGAUUUGAACUCGGGACUACCGAGAACAAAUCCAGCUAACGAUCAGGGCCGGACUUGAACUCUGGGAUUCCGGAUUACAAGUCCAGCAUUUUGCCGCUCGUCCACGCUGCCGUGAAGUAAAUUUAAACCAACUUCAGAGUUAAGACUAACAGUGGUUUGUUAUCGUUAGAAAUCGCUUGCUUUCAACCCCGCCAUGUUGAGACCGGGGGCGACCCCACCCAAGAAAGUACCCGAAGUUACUGUGGCUUCAUUUGAUUCACCUGCUACCGUCACCACCCUGGAGAGUGCAAACAAGGUACAGUAACACAUUCACUGUAUUAUGUUAGUCUUAAACUGGAUGUGGUAGCAUUAUAAAGAGUGUGCAACUUGCAAAUUCAAAAACACAUAACUCGACACCGUCGGGAAAAUAAUUCUAAACAGUCCCUUUGUGUACCGCCAGUCGGUUUGCUGAAUUGGAUAAGCGCCGGUUUUCCGAGCGGUAGACCGCUCGUUCAAACUCCGGCCGUACUAACACUCAAGGUCUUUAAACUGAUAACCGAGGAGAAAGUGCUGCCUUUGUAAUGACAUCUGCAAACGGUUAUCUUUUCGGAUAAGGACGAUCCGUAGGCCUUUGCUUACAGCGUUGAAUAAACAACACAUUUUUUGAGAUGUUACAGAACGCACGCACUAUGUAACCACGCCCUUUUCGUAAAGAGUAGUGGACGUAGUCCUGAGUGUUGUGGUCUGUCUCAAGUUCACACUCAUAUAAACGGGAUUUAUCACUCAUUUCAUUCAUUAUUUGUAAACUGCACCAUAAGCAGUCUGGCAGAGUCCUCCAACCAGUGAUGUAAAUUAUCCCUGAAAAGCCCUGACGGGAGUGGAUAAUAAAAUAUUCACAAUUUACAAUUACAAUUAACAAGUCAAAAGCUAACAGACCCUUUAUAAUCAUUAUUGUAGUUGUUAUUCUAAGAGCGGAACGUAAACUUGGAAUCGUAUUUUUUUUCCGUUGUUGUCGUUCCUCAGGAUCGCGCGAAAAUUCAAGUUAAAAGACGCCCUCCAACACGCCAGGCACGCCGUGCCGCGGCUGCGACGGUUAGCGCCAGUGAUGAUACUCUUUUCGGAACUACUCCAAGUGACGUAGCAGGCGCGAGCGCGCGGUUGUCUUGGCCGGGUGGAUUGUCCCCUUCAGGAGGAUUGGGGAAGAGCGAAGUGCUUUCUGGGCCACGGCCACCAAGAACUGAUACCAGAGACUCGGAUAUGAGUGAUGAGUUCUUUGGUUUUUCGGGUUCAAGUUCUUCGAAGAUCAAUAAAGAAGACACAUGGAAACCUCCUCCCAUUGAAGAUCCUUUAGCAGGGGGGCUUUUCUUGGCAUCUGAUUCGAAACUGAAAACUUCCAAAGUUGAUGACCUUUUCGCCGACGAUUCUGAUUCUUUUUCCGUCUCGAGUGAUAAAACGAACAAAAAGCCUACGGUCGUAGAAAAUUCAACGAGCUCUGCUAAUGAUGAUGAUUUGUUUUCUAUUGGUAACGCAAAGGACAAGGCUAACAUAAAGAGCACAGAUCCGUUAGGAGGGGGCGAUAUAUUUUCGCCUAAAGCUCCGUCGGGAGAAGAUAUUUUUGCUCCGAUCAAAGACGAGAAAACAUUUCAACCAAAGUCAGAGACAAAACCAAGCAAACCUGUACAAUCAAAGACUACCUCUCCUCUUGAUGAUGAUGAUCUGUUCGAGGCAGUAAAAAAAGACGAUAAAAGCGUGGUAAAUGCAGCCGAGACAAAACCUAUGGACAAGGAAACGUUACCUAUUUCAGAUGGAGGGUUGUUUCCGUCGAGCUCAGUAAAACCUGAAAUCAAACCCGAUAAAAAGGAAACCAAAAAGCCCACUGCGGAUAAAAAGUUUUCUUCUCCCCUUGCGGAAGAUGAUGAUUUGUUUAGUGUGAGUGCGCCAGUCAAGAAAGAUAUAAAGCCAUCGGGGGUUGAAAAGAAGGAAACCGACAAGCCAAAUGCGGAUAAAAAGUUUUCUUCGCCUCUAGGGGAAGAUGAUGAUUUGUUUAUCGUGAGUGCGCCAGUCAAGAAAGAUGUGAAGCCGUCAGGAGCGGAGAGUGUCACUAAAAAAACAUCAAGUCCAGCAACAAGUAAGAAGACCACGCCUAAACCCAGUUCUAUUCUUGACGUAAGUAUAUAUAUAUUUUUGCUUAAUUCACUCCUAGCUGUGCGCGUUCCUUUUUAAAUCAGUUAUCUUAAAUCUUCGCUCCUUUUUGGCCUCCUAACUUCCUAUCACUACAGGGCUGAAUUCAUGAGACUAAAACUUAAGAACCACCCUGCACAGCGUAAUAAGAACGAGCGCAGAAAUUCCAUACUGAUGACGUGUCUUUACUCAUAUCUGGGUAGUACUUCUGAUUGGUGAAAAAAAUUUCCCUCUUAGCUCGACCAGUGAGAAGCUCUACCCAUAUCUGGUUAAUGACACAAAAUACAGUCAUUUUCAUUGAGAGUGCGCACUGGAGAAAAAUGCCCCUUUCCAGGUCCCCUAUCGGCUCGUUUUCUCUCCUUAGUCCUUCCUGCAAAGUCUUAACUCUACUGACUGAAAAAAAAAAUUUAAGCAGCGACGUUCACGAGCGACGCACGUGAAACGGAAGUGGCGUUUUGAACUCUUCGGCCGUGAUUUUGAACAAGUUCUUGGACAAAUCCGUCUCUUUAAGAGUAAAGACACUUAGCUAUAGAAAUUUGGUAGCGUCAAGGCUUCUUUAAAGAGAAAAAUGCUGACUUCCGGUUGACGUGCGUCGCCCAAUAACGUCGCUGCUUAAACUCCCUAUUGUUAGCCUGCGUGACAGACGCAAAAAAAAGAGGAAGAGCGCAAAAGGGAAGUGGUGGAAUCAUUCUCUCUCCAAUCCCUUCUCCCUUUUCCCUCCCCUCCACCCGGCAAAAGUCAUUGCCAAAUUUCAAACCGAGAGGUACUGGGUCGAGUCCGUUUAUUAUGGGAUAAACUGCACGAGACCCACAUAGUCAGAAAGAGCACAAUGAGGAUAGAAACGUUCUCAAGUUUGGUGUUUAUGGGGCCUAUAUUUAAUGAGAUACAGCCAUUCAAAAGCUUAUAAGAAAUACAUGGACGUCUGGACGGUGUGUCUUAUAAAGUUUAUAAAUAGUUGUAUCUUGCUCAGUUUUGGCCCGAUUGUCACCAAAUUUGGGAUUUUUCCUAACCUCAAUGUGCUCUUUCUAGCUCUGUGGGUUUCGUGCUGUUUAUCCCAUAAUAAACGGACUCGUACCCAGUCCUGCUCGGUUUGAAAAUAGGCAAUUGUCUUUUAUUGACGCUGGUCACAUGGGUGAUGUAGUUUUAAUUUUUGGUAGCGCCAAUUGGUUUGUGGCUAAAACGCAUUUCAAGGCUGUGGCAAACGAGAAUUAGCCGGCCUCGUGUUUACGGUGUAACGCAAUGUUUCUCAACCAGUUCUCAUGAAGCUCACUCGUGUUUCUAUAGAUCGCUUUCACUGUCACGCAACAAAAAAAUGAAUUGGAAACCGUCCAGUGAAAGAAGGCAAGAAAAAGGAAAUGUUAUAAAAGACUAAUACAUAAACAAUUUGUCCUCCAAGUCUCAGGUCUUUGAGGCCCACAGUUUCUGAGUUAUUUGCCGAAACGUUUCAUGCACCUUUGUAGAGCUUUGUAUGGAGACGCCAUAUUGGUACACCGUUUUGGUGCACCAAUAUGGCGGCCGGAAAUCAACAAAAACAUCUGGAGUCCACUUUUUCUAUAAAAGCUCUUCCUUUUCACUCGAGAACUAGAAUACUCGCGCAUAAACAUAUCUUCUACUAAUUGAAACGGUUAUACUGCUGAAAAUCAAGAGGAGAGAUUUUUUUUAACGAGACGGCAUUCCUAUUUUGGUGUCACCCAAGGAACUUCAAAUUGCAGUAUUUUCGAAAUGAAACAUGCUGCGGGAAUGGAAACUUGUACAAAGAUUUAUUUUUUGUUUAUCUUCAACCUAGUGUAAAUAAGAAUUCGUAAAACCUCGCUAUUUUGACUUUACAAUUUGAUGACGUCACUGUGAAAACCAUCUUUUAAUCUUACCCGUAUGGUGAUGUUGGCCAACCUCGUCCCCAGUGUCUUUUCGUUUUCCAUCCAGGGGACGAGGUUGGAUGAAGGUAAUUAUUUUCGUUGGUGUCAUUUGGUUUAUAGCUGAAGUAAUUGAUAUUUUUCAAUGUCGUGAUGUGUCAAGAAAAUCCAUGAGAGACAAGUUGGGGCGAAAGGUGUAAAUGUGGUAUUGUUUUUUCGCAUUUUCUUUUAAUAGUUCCUGUUUCCAUGGAUUUAAAAGUUAACUUUGAGAUCCAAGAAGUUGCCAAUUUGCCAGUAAAAAGAAACCAAGCAACUAUAAAAAGUAAAGUCAUGAUCCAAUAGAUGAAAAAGUCUUAGUUUGUUUUUUAAAAAAAUAAGACUGUUGCUUCUACAGUCAACUUUCUCUAAGACGAACAGCUUUGAGAUCGGUACCAAGUGUCCCUCUUAGAGAGAUGUCCGUCUUAUAGUUAGUCAAAUAAAGGGAGUAAAGAAAGGCAGGAGCCAACUCUAAGUGUCCGUUUUCCAGAGGUGUCCGUUAAAGAGAGUCGACUGUAUGCAUAUACGAAGUUUAAAUUUCUCAAAAUAGUUGUGUCAACAUGCUAAUUAGAAUAUCGCGUCGCUUUAAUUCAAUUUAAUUUGGCAUUUUGUUAGAACUCGCAUGGUGCAUAUUGCGUGCAAAACGCCAUAGAUAUAAAUUUAUAUUAAUUUCCUUGAUGAAUUGGCAAUGCUUUUCGUCUGUAUAAUGUCACGUAUUUAUGUUCAAUUAAUUUUCUUCAUGCAUUAACGUAGUUGCCAUUGAAACUUAAGGCUGUCACAUUAAUUUUAUAUUUUGUUUUAAACGUUUGAAGUUAUUAAAUUUUUAAUGUGCAACUGGAUCGGUUCAGAGCAGUAAAAUAUUUUGAUGCCGUCGUCAAGUUUCUAGUCACGACCGAAUUUUUUCACCCUUAAUUAUUGGCUUGUGAGGAAAUUAGUGCAAUAGAUCAUUUAGCCGAAAAUAAAGCUAGUAUUAAAACACUUUAAAUACAACUCCAAAUAGCCAAUACUACAAACUGGCUAACUGAGGCCACGUUUACUCGAAUCCGGAUAGUUUUGAAACGGUAGAUUUUUUUUACGCUAAUCGACCUUCCCUCUACACGAAACCAGUGAAUCUGCUCAUCGAAACCGCAUCUUUAUGGAACCGCUCUCCAGCGAUCUACUGAUGUAAAAAGGAAACGGAAAUUGCAUGUAAGCGAGGCUGAACAGCCAUUGAAGAGACUAGUUAUAUAGAUGCGGGCAAAUUGAAAGCGUCUUCAGCAUAACAAAAUAAUCAUGAAGAAAACAAAAUUAAUGGUCACAAAUCUUGUGCAUCUGCGAACUGCAAUAACCCAAUCCUGUGUACCAGAGGUAUUUUCUCGCGUGCGGCGAUCGAGUAAGGGGGGGCGAUGGUCGGGCCCGCGCCUGGGGAAAAACGACCUGAAAGAUGUAGUGGACGGCGGAUCAGGUUGUUUUUCAUGUCUGUUAUUACAUUUUGCAGCUCUACAGCUUCUGUAACCAAUUUUUCUAAACAAUGUUCUCGCCGAAGUAACGGUAAAGUUUACUCGAGUGUUUAUUUCUCCUUUCUUCGUCCGACAUUUUGCUUCAUUCAAAGGCUAUUAAUCCUCGGUCACAUGGAACUUCCGGUUAUUUCUUGAAUCGGUGUAGCCUGCGACCGCAGGCGUAUUUCCGGUCGUCGCUUCUCUACCUCCGGAAAAGGACGAUUCCCUUUUAUGGGGCGACGUUUUCACAAUGUAGGAGGGUAAUGGACAGAGGCUAUGAUACGUCAUCAACUUAAGAUGAAUUCAUUAGUUUUACUUACUUUGCUGUUUGUAGGAAGAUGACGAUAACUUAUUUUCAGUGAAGAAAGUGGAGCCCAGGAAGCCGAGGAAGGUGAAUAAACCCCUUGGAGACGAUGAAUUGUUUGGAGAUUCUGGUGACAUCUUUAGUGAUAUUCCAAGCAAACCCAAGGACAAGAAAAAGAAAAAGUCUGCAACUACUGCUCCGGCAAAUGACGAUAUAUUCGCUGAUCAAUCAGCAGCUGGUAAGCUGUGAUUUUUUUAAAAUUUGUUUUACUUUGAUGAAUUUGUUGAAUAUCGUAAAUGAUUUAAUGGAUACCCACUCUCAAAAAAAUGCCUGUUGUCUAAUAAACGCCUACUCUACAAUAUUAAGUUUUCUUAGACGCCACUCUCUAAUAAACACCCCCUGUCUAUUAGCAUCCCCUGUGACAAUUACUCUAGAAUUCUUGGAAAAAGCAAAAAGAAGCAAAAUCAUUCAUGUUGUCUACUUUUUGAGAAAUUUAUCUCCUGAAACCGCGCUGAGAAGUAAGCCAAAUUUUGAAGAAAGUUUACAAGGGAGUAAGCUUGUUAACAACUUAGAAAUAAUGUUAAAGAAUGAUCAAACAAUUAUUGAAUUCGGUUUUCGUAUGAUGCGAAGAAUUAUUCAGAUGGAGGAGAACAUUUGAGGUGGAAAACAGCCUCUGAAAUCCGUAUAAUUCUUCACAUCAUACUCAGCCUCGUUAAGUAAUUGUUAAUUGUAUGACUAAGGAUAGAUUUAACGGCCAUAAACUUUUUUUAUAUAUUAGGAGAUGAAAAAUCGAUUAAGAAGACAACUACAAAAGCAAAAAAGAAACCCGAAAAGAAGCCAUCAAUAUUUGACGAUGACGUGCCAAGCAUAUUUGAUGAUCCGCUGAAUGCAACUUCGAAAUAACAGAAACAAGGACAGCUUAUAAUUACAACAUAGUAUAUGCCGCGAGUAAAAUUUUUACAUGUAGAGUACUUACAUAUUUUGUAUUGAACUGAAUAUUUCCAGAAUUAUAUUUUUGGUACUGUUCUUUCGCUCAUCAGGAAACGCCCUAAUUUUCAACGAAGUUAAACCUUAAUUCAGGCUCUAUUUUUGUUUCGCUUGGCAAAUAGCACUAAAGAAUGUUUUAGAGCUGCUACAAUUCGUCUUGAUAUGAGGUUAUAAGUGAUUUAAGAGAGUCAGUGGACCUACAGACCCUUUUCUAAGCUGUUUGUGUAGAGUUGAUCUAGACUAUAUCUUUCAAAACCUCAUCUGCGUUUACCUGUUUAAGAACUAAAAUCUUCCCUUGGCCAAAUGUAUGCCUACCAAGAAUCCUUUGACAGACAAGGGAAACCUCUUUUGGAUAGUAAAAUUCCUUAUCCAUCCUCUAGUUCAAACCAAAGUGGUUCGUUGCAAUAUCCUUUAUAACCCCGUCGUCUACAGUACGGGCAAGAAGAUCCCAGGGGUUAAGCAGAUGCGUACUUUUUUCUUAUAUGAGUAAGAUUGUUGCAUGGUUACAAAUACUUUUCGAAUUGAGGUUUCUGGUUAACUACUCACCUACCCCUCCCCUAAGUCAACAUUAAAACGUACUUCUCACUUGGUGCAAAAUUGUGACUUCGACGGGGGAAGGGGGAGAAUGGUCAGUUACCCAGACACCUCAGUUGAACCUAUUUUUCUUUAGUCUCCCUCGCAGUCGUUUUUCGGGAUGUCACGCAACGUUCCGUGACAUCCCAAAAAGAGGCUGCGAGGGAGACUAAUUUUCCUUACGCUUUUGCGAAGCUCGUGACUGAAAACCUAAAAUUUAGCGAGUAUAAAUAACGCCAAGGAGGAAACGCUUGCAUGAAACGUUAAAACCUUUGUUUUAAUUUAUGCAAUCCUGGUUCCUUUUGCAGGCUGUACCACAGCAUUCGUCAUUGUAACCUAGACUUUUGUUAAUAAUGCACAUUUCCUUGUUUCUUUAAAAACAGAAUAUAUUAUAGGUCAAUGAAUUGAAAAUUUUAUUACGAGUUUAUCCUCACUUAAGCUACAUCUUCCGCGAAGAAGCAAUUAUGAUCCGUCGUAGUGAAUUAAUCCCAUUACUGUGUAUAAGAUAACGUAAUGUGAUUGCCAAUAAAUCAACCAAGAAGCGUGUUAAGAUUGUAGAAUGUAAACAGCACAAUAAGAAAGUGGUGCUGACGAAUUUUAAUUGAAUGGUUACAACGCCG